GCCUAAACCGCGUCCACCCCACGCGGCUGAGGCAACGCACCACCUGCCUCCGCGCCAUUUAUCACCCGGCCGCCUCUCCUCGCCUCCCACCUUUUCCACUACCCCGCUGCCGUUACCACUCUCCACGAAACCACAGCUCCGCCGAUUAGAGCCGUUGCUCCAGGAACGCAGCUCGUCCGCACCGCACCGCGCCACGCAACAGCUCGCUCGCUAGCCCGUACGCUGUGACCGCCAUGGCAGGCUCGCGGCGCGACGCGGACCUGAAGGAGAAGGGCCCGCCGCCGCCGCCGCCGCCGCAGCCGGGGCGCGAGGAGGAGAGGGAGUGGGUGCCGUGGAUCGUGCCGGUCUUCGUGGCCGCCAACGUCGCCCUGUUCGCCGUGGCCAUGUACGCCAACAACUGCCCCGCGCACGCGCGCGGCGGCCGCAGCGGCAGGAGGUGCGUCGGCGCGGGGUUGCUCCGCCGCUUCGCCUUCGAACCCCUCAGCCAGAACCCGCUCCUCGGGCCCUCCUCCGCCACAUUGCAGAAGCUGGGCGCGCUCGUGUGGGAGAAGGUGGUGCACGAGCAGCAGGGGUGGAGGCUCGUGACGUGCAUCUGGCUCCACGCCGGCGUCGUCCACCUGCUCGCCAACAUGCUCAGCCUCGUGCUCGUCGGGCUCAGGCUCGAGCAGCAGUUCGGAUUCGUGAGGGUUGGCGUCAUCUACCUCGUGUCCGGCGUGGGAGGCAGCGUGAUGUCGUCCCUGUUCAUCAGAGACAACAUCUCCGUGGGCGCCUCUGGCGCCCUCUUCGGGCUGCUGGGCGCCAUGCUCUCGGAGCUCUUCACCAACUGGACCAUCUACACCAACAAGGCGGCGGCGCUGGUGACGCUGCUGUUCGUGAUCGCGGUGAACCUGGCGAUCGGCAUCCUGCCGCACGUGGACAACUUCGCGCACAUCGGGGGGUUCCUCACGGGGUUCCUGCUCGGGUUCGUGCUGCUCAUGCGCCCGCACUACGGCUGGGCGCAGCGCUACGUGCUGCCGUCCUCCGUCAAGGACGUGGGCCGGAAGUUCCUGGCCUACCAGUGGGCUCUGCUCGCCGCGGCCUCGGUCCUGGUCGUCGUCGGGCUGGCGGUUGGGAUGGCGAUGCUCUUCCGAGGGGUGAACGGCAACGAGCACUGCCAGUGGUGCCACUACCUCAGCUGCGUGCCGACUGCCAGGUGGAGCUGCGGGAAAUGAAAGCUCAUGGUCAUGGACCUCCAUAGUAUACUUUGUUCUUUUUCGCACAGGCAUUUUGAUGCACAGAUGCUGUGUAUAUAGGAGUAUACACUACUCGUACUGCUGUAACGAACUGCGCCGCGGGAUUUACUCGAUGAUUGUUUCGUUCGGUUGUUUGAUUUGAUUGAAAGGGGCGGGAAUAUCUUGAAUCUUCCA